AUCAAAUUCCCUACAUUCUUGUAUGGCGGAGUUUAGUGGAAAAUCCACCCCCUUGGUUGGCCCCCUUCCUAUCCUCGGGAACGUGUAAGGUCCUUGCCAUGCAGCCUGCAGGUCCCCCAAAAUUAAGGACGCCAGCCGCGCCCUUGUAUCCCAUAUUGCCCGAUAGUCAGGACCUACUAUCCCUAGACCCUCCACCCUAUCAUCCCCCUCCCCUGGCACCCCAGGCCCUGCCCGCGGCAGCUGCCCCACCAGUCGCCCCGCUAGUUGCCCCCCUAGGGGAACCGGGAGGACGGGAAGCGGCAGCUGCGCCGGAACCAGGAGGACGGGAGGCAGCAGCUGCGCCGAGCCCCAUUGAAAAUGAAGCCAACCGCGGGGGGCCAGCCGGCGGAACCCGCGGGCGCACCCAGCGUGAGCCAAACCCUCGCCUCCCCGACUCCACUGUGGCCCUACCCCUGUGGGAAAUAGGACCCCCCGAUGAAACAGGCAACCCCCGACUCCAGUAUUGGCCCUUUUCCACUAGUGACCUUUACAACUGGAAAACGCAGAACGCUCGAUUCUCUGAUAACCCUAAAGAUCUAAUAGCUCUUUUAGACAGUGUCAUGUUCACCCACCAGCCCACCUGGGAUGACUGUCAGCAGCUCCUCCGCAUCCUGUUCACCACAGAGGAGCGAGAGAGGAUCCAAUUAGAAGCAAGAAAGCUGGUUCCCGGAGACGACGGUCGGCCGACAUCUAACCCUGACCUCAUUAAUGCGGCUUUCCCCCUAACCAGACCUCCACAGGACGAAUGGGACUACAACACGGCAGAAGCCUUGCAGAGGGUCCAUGAAGAUGUAUGGCCCAAAUUAAAGGAACUCUAUGAGACUGGACCCCCGCCUAUUCCACAUCAAUUCCGGCCAGGGGAUUGGGUCCUUGUCAAACGUCAUCGGCAGGGAACUCUGGAGCCCAGGUGGAAAGGACUCUUCCAGGUCAUCCUGACAAUGCCUACUGCCAUCAAAGUAGACGGAAUCGCCACCUGGAUCCAUUUCGCCCACGCCAAACCAGUGGACCCGUUCUCAGACCUCAUCGGACCUUCAAAGACAACCUGGACUGUUGAUCAGACUAAGGACAAUCCUUUAAAAUUGACCCUACGCCGCCGACGGACUGAGCCGUAACUAUGGUACUUGCCCUUCUCUUGAUUGUUCUGCAAAUUCUGUCUGUAAAUUCAAACCCCCACGACCCCUAUAAUUUGACAUGGGAAAUUACUAAUCUAGAGACUCAUGAAGUCUACAACAAAACCCUAGGAACUGCCCCAUUAAAUACCUGGUGGCCAGAUUUAUAUUUUAAUUUAGAAAAAAUUAGUCCAUUAAAAGAAAUGGAAGGAGGUAAAUGGAGGCAACUGCAAAAGAGGGUAUCAAUAAGUAGAAAUGGAUUUUAUGCAUGUCCGGGAUUUAGGACGGGGGCAAUGAGGCACACAUGUGGAGGGUUUGAAAACCUCUAUUGCGCAGCCUGGAGUUGUGUCACCUCCAAUGAUGGGGAAUGGAAGUGGGAAGUAAAACCCCAAUUUAUCGAAAUGUCCUAUGUCCAACCAUGUACCCGCACCAGGUAUGAUGAAAACUGUAACCUUAUUCAUGUGAGAUUUACAGAGGAAGGGAAAAAGGACAGGCGGUGGGUCUUAGGACUCACUUGGGGACUCUACUUAUAUCAAUAUCCCCUCUUUGGGACUGCCAUUCAAAUAAAAUUAAAAGUCUCCCCUCUUGUACAACCGGUAGGGCCAAAUCAGGUAUUAG